AUUAUACCAUCCCUCUCUCCUCGUUCUCUCUCCUCUUUCUCUCUCUACAAUCAUCAACCAUACACAUACGCUUACGUACAAAUACAUAAGGGGUAACUCUCUCUCUCCGCAUCCUCUCUUCUUGUUUAUUAAUUAGGGCUCAGAGCCUGAGCUUCUGAACUGCCAUUUACUACAACCAACCCAACGACAGAAGAUAAAACAUAAAGCAGAGAAAGAGAAUCGAUUCACAAAUGGAGGGAGGAGGGCCCGCAGCUCAAUCGGCGGACACUGUGAUGUCGGAGGCGGCGCCACCGUCGCAUCCGGACCCCAACCACCCACAGCAACAUCCGCCACCGCCGCAUCAGGCCAUGGGGGGAGUGGAGAGCAUUCCGGCCACGCUCAGCCACGGCGGCCGAUUCAUUCAGUACAACAUCUUCGGCAACGUCUUCGAGGUCACCGCCAAGUACAAGCCCCCCAUCAUGCCCAUCGGUAAAGGCGCGUACGGCAUCGUUUGCUCUUCUUUGAAUUCGGAGACGAACGAACACGUUGCAAUAAAGAAGAUUGCGAAUGCAUUCGACAACAGGAUCGAUGCGAAGAGGACGCUGAGGGAGAUCAAACUGCUGCGGCAUAUGGAUCAUGAGAAUGUUGUUGCGAUUCGGGAUAUAGUCCCUCCACCGCAGAGGAACUCCUUCAAUGAUGUUUACAUUGCAUAUGAGCUCAUGGACACUGACCUCCACCAAAUCAUUCGAUCCAAUCAAGCACUCUCCGAGGAGCACUGUCAGUAUUUCUUAUAUCAGAUCCUCCGAGGAUUGAAAUACAUACACUCUGCAAAUGUUCUGCACAGGGACUUAAAACCUAGCAAUCUUCUAUUAAAUGCCAAUUGUGACUUGAAAAUAUGUGAUUUUGGACUAGCUCGAGUCACCUCUGAGACUGAUUUUAUGACUGAGUAUGUUGUUACAAGAUGGUACCGUGCCCCAGAGCUAUUGUUAAACUCUUCAGAUUACACUGCAGCUAUUGAUGUAUGGUCAGUAGGUUGUAUUUUUAUGGAAUUGAUGGAUCGGAAGCCAUUAUUUCCUGGCAGAGAUCACGUGCAUCAGCUUCGUCUGCUAUUGGAGCUGAUUGGCACCCCAUCAGAGGUUGAGCUGCAAUUUCUAAACGAAAAUGCUAAGAGAUACAUUCGGCAGCUUCCUUUCUACCGUCGACAGUCAUUUACCGAGAAGUUUCCUCACGUCCAUCCUUCAGCAAUUGAUCUUGUUCAAAUGAUGUUGACAUUUGAUCCUACUCAGAGAAUUACUGGAGUUCAUUUGAGGGUGAUGAAAGUUUCUAUCUCCAAAUUACAACCAAAUCCACCCAUCAAGCAUGUGGAAAACUCUACAGUCCUCAUUAUUCUCCUUUCUGCGGAACUCCCUAUCAGAUAAUAGAAUUGUAGCCAUCACCCGCUUUCUUACACACAGGAUGCCAGCUUCCCACUGCCUUUAGGUGAUUAGUUGUGUGGGUAAGAUAACCUCAAGAUAAUAUGCUUUGGCAGUGGUCCGCCCCCUUCAUGCAGUCAUCCAUGGAAAUCAGCCGUUUUACCUUCUAAAAACUUAAUAGUAUGUUUUCAUCUGAAAUUUUGAAGCUCUUCCUUGUUCUCAAACACUGAACAUCGUAAUCAUCACAUUUUUAACCUUAUGUAGAACCUCUGUUACAUUUAAUUUAGUUUUACUGU